AUGGAUCGCUUUACCGAACAACUCUUUGGUAAGCAGAACCAGACUGCGAGGUCACGACUCCCAGAGGAGCCCAGUUUCAUGGAAACAUUUGCCAAGAAUCUGGCCAAAUCUGCUGCAAAAUCUGCUGCCAAACGAGCCAUGGGCCAGACCUCCUCUGAGAAGCGUACCCGCGAUUGGGCUCGGGGUACUAGCAGUAACCAGAUCAACCCUGAGGACUUUCGCGGCGUUGCGGAGUUUGUUAUUGGUAUGCUGAGUAGUAACAGCAAGUCCGAACAGCCCAGAAAGGGUGAGGACGAUCGAAAGAAGGAUAGAAAGAGGAAGAGGGAUAAGUAUAAGGACCGGAGCAAAGAAGUUCCGAGGAGUAGGGAUGUAGAGGAUGAGGGUGAGAAGUAUGGAUCGGAUAAGGAGAGGCGCAAGAGGAGACGCCAUCGUGUUACCUUUGCAGAGCCGUACUAUGAAGCUCGUCCCCAGGAGGAAACUUACUAUCCACCACCCUACGAGCCUCGCCGUCGUCGCGACCGACCACAUGAAAAGGAUCCAAGUCAAACCCAGGGACAGGAACAGGGCCAAGAACAAGAGCAAAGACAUAGCCGAGGUGAAUACGACGAGAUGGAAGACCGAGAAGAACGAAGGCGUCGUCGUCGCCAACGCCGCUACAAGCGAGACCUAGACCUCAAGACUCUCAAGACAGAGCUAGAAGCCAUGUCGAGCACCAUAAUCUCUCUGAAUGCGCGCGGCGCUAGUCACCGCGACUGCGAGUUCUACGAUCGCUUUGUUCGAAAGGGCGGGAGACUGCAGGACGUGAUCGGAAGCACACUGGGUCAGAUCAGGGGAUUACAGGAUGGUGAUACAGAAGCGGAGGAGAGGCGACGGAAGAGGGAUAGAAGGAGAAGGGAGAAGAGAUGA